GCUCAAAUCAAACAACCACGGAUUUACUUUAGCGACAGAACAACCCAAGCAAGGACACCAACUGGUCUACCCAAUAAACAAUCCGCACCUGGGGGCAUUAGCCUCAAAUAAAAAAAAAAAAAAUAUAUUUCCCUUUUUUUAUCAUGUCUCUGGCGCAGGGCUCGCCUCGACUACCCAGUCCACCACCUCCCGCCGAGAUUCAGAUCGGUCCUAAAUCCCCAGGACUGGGCAUCACCGCAAGCCGUCAAGCACAACAAAUGGAGCAGACUGUCGCUGAAGCCAAUGCUAGACGGCGCAUACACCCAGGCACCAAGUCUGAGGAUAUGGCUGCUGGUCCGCCUCUAGUUCCGCUUGCUGAGCUCGACUCGGCUUUUCAACUCCAGGAACACCUCGCAGCACUUCACUAUCACCAUACUGCUUCUAAUACGACACCUAUCACCCGAGCGACUGCUCUACAACUGGCUACCCCGCCCCCCGGCAUCGAUAAGACGUUAUGGCUCUACGAGCUCUGCCGCUUCUUGGUCGCGCAAUGUAACAGUUUAAUAGUAGGCUUUCUCUUCGAUACGCCGCCAUGUUCAUCCGUGACAUGCCCCGAGAUGCGAGCCUCUGAAUGGCAGUUUCUAUGCGCUGUCCAUGAUCAACCCAAAAGCUGCUGUGCUAUCGACUACUGUUGCCAUACCCUCGACUGGGCUGCGAAUGUCGUCACCAACCCCAAGAUCUUCCCGAGUAGGUUCGUAGUGAUGUCAGAAGGACACGACAAGAGCUCGGUGAUGAAGAAUCUUGUCAAUGUGUUCCGUCGGCUUCACAGAAUAUUUGCACACGCCUGGUUUCAGCAUAGAGGCGUGUUCUGGUCGGUCGAAGCCCAAACAGGUUUAUAUGCAUUUUUCAAGACUGUCUGUGACAUGUAUGACCUUCUCCCUGCCGAGAACUACAAGCUCCCACCAGAGGCGGAGGGUCUAGAGCCGGUCGAGAAGGAAGAUAAGAAGCCUAUCAUAACCGCUAUUGCAAAACCGCCUCAGCAGCAGAAUGAGGGUGCGGAGCAUGAGGAUGAUCGACAUGGUCUACACGCUCGUAGAAGUAAUACGGCCAGACAUUCGAGCAGACCGUCAACUGGUAUUUCCGUGACGACUGUUAUCGAAGAGCGAGAGGACGAGCAGGACGUUGCCAACAAGCUCAAAAACAUGCACAUAUCAGGCCCUGAGACAGUGGAGGAAGAGGAGUCUGAAGUCGAAGUACCUGUUAUUGUUGAAGGCGAAUUGCUAGAAAAUCCUUCCACUGUUCAGGAAAUUGGAGUGCCUCAAUUAUCCGAGCCCCAGGAGCCCCAGGGCGAUGCACACGCCCAAGGUAUCCGGAUAGAUGUGCAGGAGGAUGUGCCAGCAGAGCCAAAGAUAUCUACCGAAAGUGAAGCAGCGGAGGCUGAAGGUAACAAAGAAGUACCCCUUCCCGAGCACAAGCAGGUAAUCGAAGAGAGCGACGCACCUGCUUCGAACACAGAAAAGCAAGAAGACACGCCAGCGGAAGGAAAAGCUCAACCCGAGCCGAGUACUACUGAAGAACCCGCAGCGGAGACGGGGUCCAAGGAAGCAGAUGUGGAGACCGAGGAGGCGAAGGAAGAAGAGUCAAAUUCAAAGAAUUCAGACGCGGAGUAGGAUUUCGUAGCUCGCCUAGAAAUAUUUGAAGGAGUAGACCCAGUGGACGUGGAAGAAGUCAUUCGUCGUGCUAGGCAGGCGGUCGACCCUGCCCAUAACUAGUGCGAUGACCUUGACGAAUAUGAUGAUGACGAGCUGGGCGGAGAGCUGGACAGAGCAGGCGGACUUGCUUCUGGAAAAAGUGGAUGAGAUCAUGAAGAUGUUACGAGGGGCGAGGGAGGUCGACGAUUACGAAGGAUCGGAAAACGAUAAUGGCGACAAAAGCAUGUUAUAAUCAGCGCGGGGCUUAUGAUAUGUGCGCAUGUUUCCUACAACUGAGAGCUGUUAGGGGGGCGAACCAGCGAUAAAAGGUUGUGCAUGUAUGAACAUUGUCAUUGUUACAGGUCGGGGGAAGUAAUGGAAGAGGAGAGGGGGCCGCCCGGUGCAUGAUUGGGAUGUGAGGCUCGUGAAAGGGUUAAUUUUACGUAUGCGUAGUAGGUACUGCAAGCUUACGUGAAGAGGCUUCCUCUAAGCAGUGCUACUAAUAAUCAUCAUAUCUUAUACUUGAGGCUCUGGACAAUAUAGUGAUUCUGUCCUCGACGCUAUUACUCCUGGCUUAGUUAUUUUGAGGCUCAGGCUUCGUUAAGCAAACCUCUACACCCUAUAACCCUGGCUGCU